ACGAAGUUGAGAAUUUUCCAAUGUAUUGACUUGUGACGUAUAUUACAAAAAAAUUCAUACAAUAAUUCGCAUUUCGUAUACGUUAAAAGAAUUUAGUUAAUUCUGUGAUAUGGCAAAACAUCAUCCAGAUUUAAUUUUUUGUAGAAAACAACCGGGAGUUGCAAUAGGAAGGUUAUGCGAGAAAUGUGACGGUAAAUGUGUAAUUUGUGAUUCUUAUGUAAGACCUUGUACUCUGGUUCGAAUUUGUGAUGAAUGCAAUUAUGGAUCUUAUCAAGGGAGAUGUGUUAUCUGUGGUGGACCUGGUGUGUCUGAUGCCUAUUAUUGUAAAGAAUGUACAAUCCAAGAGAAAGACCGUGAUGGUUGUCCAAAGAUUGUAAAUCUUGGGAGUUCAAAGACUGAUCUAUUUUAUGAAAGGAAAAAAUAUGGGUUCAAAAGAAGAUAAGGACUGAUACCAACAAUUUUUGACAUGUACAAAGUAUUUCUAAUAUUGCAAAUAAACAACACUUUUU